CCUCUCUAAACCCUUUAACACAGCGACCACUCAUCAAGAUGAAGUGCCUUGCCGUCGGUCUCAUCGCCCUGCUCGCCGUGUCGCAGUGCGCCGCCAUCCAGCGGGAUGCGGCACUCUCAAGCGCCUUCGUCCCGCCCACAUCGCGCGUCGGCCUCAGCAGGUCCAACCUGCUCAAGCAGAGGACAGAUCGGCAGCUCAGCGGCCUGGAUGUCGCCCCAGCUGCUGCUGGCCUCGCAGGCCUGAUGCCGCUCCUCGCCCCUGCUCUUGCGAACGCUGAGGUGAGUCAGAUGCGCAGGGUGUCGUGAGAUGAGAGCGCCAUGUUUGUGUACUCUGUCUGUCGCAUUUGUGUGUUCGUGUCUGUGUGUGUGUUGGGUCUGGUCUCGUAGGUUCUGGAUUCUCUGUCGACCUUCGAGCUUGCGAACCAGACAGUGAUCUGGCAGCUGCUGUGGACCUUCAUCAUCGUGACGAUGGGCCCCCUGAUCAUCGGGUACCUCUGGUUCAACUCGACAGACGCCGGCGCAGAGGUCGAGGGCCUGCAAAACGUCGAGAGUUGAGUGUGUGUGUGGGGUGGUUGGGGGGUUUUCUUGCCGCUUGUGUGUGUGUGGUUGAUUGAGCUGCUGCCCUAUGUAUGGUGUGUAUGGCGUUUGGCUGGCUGACCGGCUGGCUAGAUGGGCGGGCGAUGUGCUGAUAUGAUAAUAAGGAAGGCUGUCUGUGAAUGAAGUGCAGUGAAGUGACGUGAAUGAGUGUGUCUGGGUGGCAGGCCUACAGGCACCUGCCUCGACACAUUGCAUGUCACCUAACGGACAGACGACAGUCGACUGCGUGUGCGUGUGCAUGGGAUGGACAGACGGACGCUGCGGCCAUUGAUUUUUGUGUGUGAAAAGCUUUUCGUUCUUUUCUCGCGUCAGACGUACAGCAGAAAGCCGCAAUGCUUCUGUAUAUCACAUCGCGGUAGUGAUACAAGAAGCUUUCAGAUCACAUCACAUGCAGGCAGACAAAGAGGGAUGUGUCAGC